UCAUAUUAUCAUAUUAAUUGAGCUCGUUUUUUUUUAUGCCAUCUAGAUCUACAUUUUUAAAAAUUAUAAAUAAAUCUAGAUAGAUCUAUAUGUUUUUGAUCAUUCAUAAUAUUAUAUGAUCCAAAAUAUUGUAAGCCAGACAAGGCUGAAUAAUGAAUUACUAUCAAAGGGAAACCACUCAAAUUAUAUUUACUCCCUAUCAACCAGAAGCAAAUAAAAAGCGUCAAAAUGGCGGCACCAUAUUUCGACACUCUUUCGUUAAAUAACAAAAAAUCCAAUAUUUUGAGGAAAGACUGCCAAAAAAAUAUCGCAAACCUAGAGACAACAUGGAUUACUAAAAGAUACGAUCCAUUAGAUGAAAGAUUCACAGUACCAGUGCCUCGUCAUAAGCUGAUGUACCCAAACAAAGUCCAGUUGUCUGAAGCGGACAAGCAUUGGAUACCUGUCAGUGACCCACCUCUAGCAGCAUUUGAACGUCAUGUAAACAGAUCUCAUUGCCAAGUUUACAUAUCUCACCCAGCAACAAGAAGUGAAGACUGGUCAACUCUGCGCCAGAUGCUCCCCACCUAUGGAAACAUUCUGGUACCGGAACAGCCGCACUGGGGCAUUGCUAUGUCCCGUCCUGGAGUUGCAACCAGCAGGAUGUCAGCCAGACACCCUCAUGUCAACAGCUGCAUCACAAAGUACCUUGAUGAAAUUCACCGAACAAAUAGAGGGUUUAAGCUUCAUUGAAGAAUAAAAGGUGCCCCUGCAAUCCAUGUAAAGCUUCUGAUUGGUUUUAAUAUUUUAUAAUAUCAAUAUUAAAAUUAAAAAUUAUUCUAUUAUUUUUCUCAUGAAUAAUGAAAUGAUACAUUUAAUAGUUUUUAUAAGGCAAGAAAAUGAAAUUAAAAUCUUUUAACAUUUAGUAGAUGAAAGAAAGAAACUAUUUUUGUGUUUUAUUUUUCUCAGAAUAAGUUCAAAUUAUGACAUUAUUUAUAGAAUAACAUUGUCAAGAAUGUCUUUUCCCAUUAAAAGCAAACAAAGUGAACCUGAAUUGUCAUUAGUGUUAAUCAUACAUUUGAAAAAUUCUGUUCGAAUUUGUUCACGUUAGCUUUUAGUGUGUUUACUGGAUAAAUGUCCAGUUUUCAAUUUUUUCAUCUAAUCUCUUCAUCUGUAUCCCUAGCUUAAUGAUAUAAAUCCCCACAUCUGUAUAUCUAGCUUAUGAUAUAAAUCUCCCCUGUCUGUAUCUUGCCUUAUGAUACAAAUCUCCCCCAACAAUAUUUUUUGCCUUAUAAUAUAAAUAUUAUAAAUCUCCCCAACUGUAUUUCUUGCCUUAUAAUAUAAAUAUUAUAAAUCUCCCCCAACAGUAUCCUUAUGAUAUAAAUCUCCCCCAACAGUAUUUCUUGCCUUAUAAUAUAAAUAUUAUAAAUCUCCCCCAACAGUAUCCUUAUGAUAUAAAUCUCCCCCAACAGUAUUUCUUGCCUUAUAAUAUAAAUAUUAUAAAUCUCCCCCAACAGUAUCCUUAUGAUAUAAAUCUCCCCCAACAGUAUUUCUUGCCUUAUAAUAUAAAUAUUAUAAAUCUCCCCCAACAGUAUCCUUAUGAUAUAAAUCUCCCCAUCUGUCUCUUGUCUAAAUGUCCCCAAUAGUAUUUCUUGCCUUACAAAUCUCUCCUUAUAAUGUAAAUCUCCCAGUCUAUAGCUCUAGAUUUAUGAUAUAAGUCUCACCCAACAGUUUUUUAGUAUCCUUAUGAUAUAAAUCUCCCCAACAGUAUCCUUAUGAUAUAAAUCACCCCAUUUGUAUCUCUAGCCUUAUGAAAUUAAUUUGCCAACAUUUACUACACAUUAUGAUAUUAUAUUAACUGAAUUAUCUUGAAAUAAAGCUUUAUAUUUUGAAUAUUUAUUUUUCAUGAUCAGUAUUAAAAAAACCUAUCUAUUCAGUAUUACAACAUUAAAACACCUUUUAUUCAGUAUUUUGAAUAUUAUUCCUUUUUUAUAACUGAAAUAAUAUUUUAAGCUGUAAAAUGUUAAUUCAACUUUUGUAUUUGGUUACCUGGAGUUUAUAUUGUUAUGUAACCUCUACAUUUUACAUU